CAGUCGGUCGCGGACAGAGCUAAAGGGGCAAGACUUCAGUCCGGGACGAUCUAAGAAGCAGGCUUUGCCAUCAGCUUCUCGAGAACCAGCUGUGUGUUUUUAAUCAGCAAUUAUGGUCAUGAUGGAAAUCUCAAGUGUUAACAAUGAAACUCUUGGACAGCUUCUCAAAGAAAAUUCUUCCAAAUGUCUAUUGCUGGACUGCCGAUCUUUCUUCGCCUUCAACGCCUCGCAUGUAGUGAAUUCAAUCAACGUCCGUUUCAGUACCAUAGUAAAGAGAAGGGCUAAAGGAACGAUGGGGAUUGAACAUAUUGUACCGAAUGAAGAGUCUCGCAAUAACUUGAUCUCCGGCCAUUAUUCAUACGUAGUCAUAUUUGACGAAAUGACUUGUGAGUUUGACAUGCUCAAAAAAGACAGUACGGUGCACCUCGCAGUCAAUACGUUGUGCAGAGAAUCAUAUGGAGCAAGCAUUACCUUUCUCCGAGGUGGCUAUGAUGCAUUUUCCACAGACUAUCCAGAAUUUUGCACUAAACCUUCGCCCCCAUCGUUGUCUCUACCUCUGAGCGCCAACCGCCGCCCCAGCAGUGCGGAGCCCAGCUGCAGUUCCUGUGAUACUCCACUCUAUGAUCAGGGUGGACCUGUAGAAAUUCUCCCUUUCCUCUACCUCGGAAGUGCCUACCAUGCGUCAAGGAAGGAUAUGCUGGACGCCCUUGGAAUCACGGCCCUGAUGAACGUCUCUGCUAACUGCCCAAACCACUUUGAGGAACAUUAUCAAUAUAAAUCUAUCCCGGUGGAGGACAGUCACAAAGCCGACAUCAGCUCCUGGUUCCUCGACGCCAUUGAAUUUAUAGACUCUGUGAAGAAUGCUGGCGGCCGUGUGUUUGUUCAUUGUCAGGCUGGGAUUUCUCGAUCUGCUACCAUCUGCCUUGCUUAUCUCAUGAGAGCCAACCGGGUGAAGUUAGACGAAGCUUUCGAGUUCGUUAAACAACGCAGGAGCGUCAUUUCCCCGAACUUCAGUUUUAUGGGACAACUUUUGCAAUUUGAAUCACAAGUGUUCACCCCUUCGUGUUCAACAGAGGCUGCCAGUCCCGCAAAUAACCCCUCCAGUGCUUCAACUCGAUUCGUCUUUAACUUCCCUGUCAGCAUGCCCGUCCGUUCACCAGCUAAUUCCUUGAGUUAUCUCCAGAGUCCCAUUACCACCUCCCCUACAUAUUGACGUGCGGGAAAGACUGUAUUUUCCGGACUAAACAAAGCACAAUAAGCUGGGAGAGGUCGUGUCCACGCCUUUCCUCAAUGCACAGAGAUUCAUCCUGAAAUAUCUCAACCAGACCAUUGCACUGUGUCUAAUUCUGAAAAAUGUCUGGCGAAGAAACAAUCGGCAAUUUAGCACUUUUUAUACUUUUUUAAUGUUGACGUUUAUACUGAUUUCAGUUUGAUAAUUUAUACAAUUAUUUAUUUACACAAUGGCCAUAUUCUUUAUUGUACAUAUAUUUUGUAUGAGCUCAAUAAAACAAUUUUUUUACAUAA